AUGGUUUUAACAAAGUGUGAUAAAUGUAAGAGAAAUAUUACCAAAAAAGUGCCUGGCUUGGUAUGCAGUAGGUGUAAUGUAACGGUACAUGCAGACCCAGCAUGUGCUAAGCUAUCAAAUAAACAGCUUAGUACUCUUCGCAACUCAACGAGCAUCGAGUGGAGCUGCGAUGACUGUAUGAAGAACGUAGCACGCAGAUCGUCUUUCAUAACACCUGAAGACGAUUGCGAGGAGACAGAAUCGGUAACAGAUCACGUAAUAAAUACCCAACUUGACACGCAAAAGCUAAUCCAGGAUAUAAGCCGUGAACUGAAAAAAACAUUCAGAGAGGAAUUUGGAAGCCUUGAAACAUCUAUUGAGUUUCUGAGUGAUCAGCUAUGUACCAUUGAGCAAUCCUUAAAGAAACAGGAUGUCAAAAUAAAAGAACUUGAGAAUAAAAACCUCGAUCUUCAAAAUAGAAAUAAGAACCUAGAACUAAGAGUAACUGUUUUGGAGCAGGAGACAAAAAGUUUUCAUCAAAAGUCGUUAACAAGUACCUUAGAAAUAGCAGGCUUACCUCAAACAUCUGUAAAAGAUAUAGGUAAAGUGAUAGAAACGCUUGCAACGAAAUUGAAUACCAACGUGAAUGAUAUUAUGUCCUCCCAACGCUUGCCCGGCCCUAAAGAUCGUCCGUGUACAUUUCUUGUAGAAAUGAAAUCUAAAGCAGCCCAAAGACAGUGGAUCGAUGCAGGGAAAGAGAAACGUCUCACGGUAGGUGGACUCUUGCCAGAAUCACCAAAAGAAGCAGCAGAAAAUCGAGUCUUUAUUAGAGAGGCCCUAACAAAAUAUUUAAAAACGCUGUUAUACAAUACCAAAACCCAAUUAAGUAAAAUUGCCCAGUUUAUUUGGUGUAAGGAAGGCAAGAUUUGUGUAAGAAAAGGCCCAAAUAGUAAAAUCUACUAUGUACGCACUGAAAAGGAUAUAGAUCAUAUACAAAAACAGCUGUAA